AUGCCCGGGCCGAGGUGUUUCGGCUUCGACGGCGAGGGCUCUGAGGAGCUGCUUGCAGCUUUGGCCCGCUCCUGGCAGCUGGAGGCCUCCGUCUCUUCCAGGGGCAGCUCAGAGAGAAGAGAGCUACGCCUCUCGCUUCCGUCCCGCAGCGGCCGCCAGGAGGUGGAUUUCGAUUGGUGCGAUGCGAUCCCCGACGCGGCCUGGGAGCUGCUGGGCGACGGGGCGUGGCCUGGCCUCCGCGUUGCAAAAGGCGUCCCGGAGGAGCACCAGCAGCGCCUGCGCGAAGCUUCUCUGGACCUCGAAGUGAGUGCAGGCGGGUGGAGUGUGAGAAUCCAAGCGUCUGUCUGCAGAUCACCUGAACGCCGCACCCUUCCGAUCCACGCAGGCGAGGCUGCCUCCAGCACAGGCAGUGACAGCAGCGCAGGCAGUCAGUUGCCGAUGUACCCGGCUUUCAUCACCUCCGUGGUGAUGCCGGGAGAGGGCGGCACAGCGGCAGUUCAGGGGGACCUCGACCUGCUGCCGGCUUUGGCCGGCUCCGAUGUCGAGGAGCUGAACUUGGAUCUCUGCAGGGACGUCCCUGCCGCCGUGUGGCAGCAGCUCGGCCAGGCUCAGGGUGAGGUGUUCCAGAAGCUGCGGAAGGCAACCUUCAAAUCGUGCUUCGCCGGGGGUUCCAAGGGGGCCGAUGGCGCCGCCGGGCUGCUGUUGGCCUUGAGCCGCUGCCAGCUGCUGCAGGACAUGCGGAAAGUCCUGGAGCUUCCGACACCCCAUGCGAGCCCAAACUCCGCUGCAGAGCAGAGCACCGGAGACCCGGCUCUCGGCCAGGAGUUGGGCAUGGCGGACUGCGGCAAAGUCCCGGCCGCGGCCUGGCAGCUCCUGGCAACCGCGCGCUGGGAGCAGCUCCGGAAGGAGGCUUCGCUUCUAUCAGAGGAUGCGGUUCCCAGGUGCUUUGGCCGUGCUUCCGAAGGUGCCGCGGGAGUCGGAGGGCUGCUCUCGGCCUUGGCACGCUGCCGGCAGCUGCAGGCUUCUGAGGGAGCGGAGGCCGUGCUGAGGCGAGCGAAGUUGAUGGUGGUGGAUGCUACAUUCCUCGUUUCCGGGAACCUCGCUUCGGUCCAAAGCCCGCAAACACCGGAAAAGAUUCAGCCGUUCUUGGGACUCGAGGAGCUGCUGAUGGGCCGCUGCUCUCAAGUCCCGGCAGCGGCGUGGCAGCAGCUGGAGGGCGCCCAUUGGCCGAAGCUCACGACGGUGAACUUCGACGGGUGCUUCGACGAAGAUUCGAAGGGAGCCGACGGCGCGGCGGGGCUUCUUGCGGCCCUGGCCUGCUGCCCUGAGCUGCAGGAGCUUCGGAUGGGCUGCUGCUCUCAAAUCCCGGCGGCGGCGUGGCAGCAGCUGGAGUGCGCCCAUUGGCCGAAGCUCACCAAGGAGCUUCGGAUGGGCUGCUGCUCUCAAAUCCCGGCGGCGGCGUGGCAGCAGCUGGAGGGCGCCCAUUGGCCGAAGCUCACCAAGGCGAACUUCACGAGGUGCCUCGAGUGCUUGAGUGCUUUGGCUGGUUUAGGGCUUUGCCAGGUCCUGACCCUGGGGCAAUGCGACCAGAUCCCGGCUGCGGCGUGGCAGCAGCUCGAGGGCGCCGUGUGGUCGAAGCUCACCAGGGCGAACUUCGACAAGUGCUUCGGCGAAACUUCCAAGGGCGCCGAUGGCGUAGCCGGGCUCCUCAUGGCCCUGGCCCGCUGCCCUGAGCUGGAGGACGCGAGCUCGUUGAGUUUGCAGCGAAGCAUGCCGACGGAGGCCUCCUAG